UGUCACCAUGGCAACGGUGCACCUCUGGGCUUCCUGUGCUCCUGUCUAUAUUCCAACCAUUAUUGGCGAGCUAAAGAGCCGUACUAUUACCUACUAACAUGUCAAUUAUUAUUAGGUAGUAUAUAGUCCGAGGUGAAGUUUAAGAACAAAGAUGUCGGAUAUAUUGUGCAAGUGGCUGAACGAGGAGCUCCGGCUGUCAAAAGCUGUUGACCCAAAGACCUUUGCCAAGGAUUUCUCCAGUGGGUACUUAAUUGGGGAGGUUCUGCAUAAAUACCAGUUGCAGAAUGAUUUCAGUAUGUUUAUGAAAAAAGACACCUCAAUCUCCAGACUGAAUAAUUUUACCCGCAUUGAGCCCACUCUACAGUUACUGGGAAUCUCCUUCGACAUAAAUACAGCGCAGGAUCUGAUGCAGGAGAAGCAGGGUGUUGCCACACGUCUCCUUUACCAACUCUAUGUCUCACUUGAAAAGAAGAAAAAAGGAGAAAUCAGCGGCACAUUGAUGGAAAUCAUGCAGCCUGCAGCCAAUGCUAGCUUACACAAAAAAGAGCAUGAGAUCUACUCAGAUCGACUGCAUCAAGUGGUAAAACGUGAUGCAGAGCUGAAGCUACAGAAAAUAUCUCAGCACUAUGAGGAGAAAUGCCAGGAACUGAACGACAGGCUUGUGAUGACCCAUCUCAGCCAGCAAAAGAGACAACUCGGAGUCCUGGAUGAGAAGAGAAUUAAGAAUAUUGAUAAGUUGCGGAUGUGUCGUCAGAAGCACAAUGACAUAACUAGUAACCAGGUUGCUAUGGUCCAGGUGCCCAAGCCACCUCCAUACACUUCACAGCUCAACCUAAAGAAGAGACAACGUCAGCAGCAACGCCGAGAACAACAAGCCCAGACAGUCCAGACUGAAAUAGCCCGGUUUGAGACAAGAAAGAAACUGGUUAUUUCUGAUUUAGCUUCCUCUUCAAGUGGCCAGCCAUUCCCUGGAGAUUUUCCAUUUGUUGGCAGCAGCCAGGGCUGUGAGGUCCCUGGAAGUGGGAUUAAGCUGGCAUUGCAAUCUAAUAGCAAGUAUAUACAGGAUAUCCGACAGAGGCUGGAGGAGAAUGCUAUAGCUCGCAAGCAGCGAGAGAAAAGACUCGACAGAUUUCUGGUGGAGCAGCUCAAGGCCCAUGAAGCUCAAGAGGAGGCACGACGAGAGGAGCAGCUGGUUAAGCGUCUGACACGUCUGACUCAGCAGGAGCAGCGUAUGGCAGCCCAGCUUCUCCAGAUACGUGUGCAGAAGGAUGUGAUUCGGGAGAACCGCCUGUUCAGAGAGCAGCAGUACCAGCAGCGGCGAGAGAGGGACUUCCAGGAAGCUCUGGAGAGGGAGGCGGCUUUGACUCGGCAGGCUAAGUUGGAUCUUGCUGAAGAAAUCAGAAAGGAGCUUGACUUCUGUAACAGGAUUGCUGCUGAGCGAGCACAGAACAGAUACGAGAAGCACUUUAAGAGCUGCAAGGAAAUUUUGGAGCAGAUAGUGGACAUGGCAACCAGGGUUGGAGAAUAUCGACUGCUCACUGGGAAUCUGAUUCCAGAGAAGCUGAUGAGAGAGUGGAAGGAAUUGCUGUUCAGGGGUCUGCCUCUCUAUGAGCCGAUAAAGUGCCAGCAGCCAGAGUUUGAGUUCUCUACCCCACUAGACCCUGUAGAGCUUAAGAAGCAGGGGAUACUCAAUAACCAGGACUAUGAUGAAUACACUAACAUGGUAGGUGAGUGGGCAUGGCCGGAGGAAGCAGGAGAAACCAAAUUACCCCUGACCAACAACCACAUUCUUGGACAUGUUGUCCAGCGUGUGAGGAACAUUGUUCAUCAACCCAUCAUGGAACCCUCCCUGCCUUCAUUUCCCCACUUUACCCUCAAAGCCUGUGUGCUGGGCAAGUUUUGCUCUGGCAAGACCACCAGCUUGGCCAAGUUUGCUCAAGCACAUGGCAUCUAUGUCUUAUCAGCUGACACUUUGAUUGAAGAGGCACUGAAUGCUUAUCGGAAUGGAGAGCAGGUCGCACAGCAGCAGGGAGAGAAAGACAAUAAGAAAGUCCUUACAUCCUCCACAUCACUGAAUCCUGCACCUGACACUCAAGAGGAAAGUAGAGACAGUGAUGUCAGACUGUCUACCCGGGCCAUGCAAGGAUCGGCUGCAGAAAAAGAGCUGAGGAAAGGCAAUGCCAUCCCUAAUGAGCUGUUAAUGGACAUCAUAGUAGAGGCUAUAAGGAAGGUUCCAGCUCAGUCAGGUUGGAUCCUAGAUGGCUUUCCAUUGGACAUUACCCAGGCCUAUCUGCUAGAGAAAGCCCUGGGUGGGUCUGUAGAUGAAGAGAAUGAUGCUGAAAGCAGUGAGACAAACCUUGUUGCUGAUCCUAAUUCACCCAAACCUCCAUCACCCCCACCACCUGUACUGGACCUAGCUCUGCUGUUGGAUAUUCCUGAUGAGUGUGUGAUCAGACGUCCAUUUAGUCAGACAGAUACCAUUAAUGCUGCCGCUACAACCUCCAAUCCUACAGACAAGAACAUGUAUCUGGCACAAGUUCCACACAGGAUCACAGCUUUUCAGGAUACUUGGCCAAAACUAGAGGAAUGGUAUGGUGGAAAGCAAAAUAUUUUGGUCCGUAUUGAUGCAAAUGUAGACGAGGAUGAGCUUUAUAAAAAGAUGGAGUCUGUCCUGCAGCAAGUUAUGAUGCAAACACAGAAAGCAGCUCUUGACACUCCUUGCAUUGAAGAUGCAGUGUUGGACAGUGAGAGUGCUCCAGAGCCCCCCUGUCCAGCUACACUUCCUCCAGUAGACCAACCUCUGGCACUCACAGACGAAGCCCCUGGCCCCACAGAGACCAAUACCAGCCUUAAGGAGGAAAAAGCUCAAAGUGUGAAGUCACUUUCCAAAGUUGACACACACUCCAGAGGGCACUCUAGGAAAGCUUCAACUUCCUCAGUGACCAAUGAGGACCACAUGAACCCUCCUGACGGUGCCUUUCCCUGCCUAGCUUCAUCCAUCUGGAUCUAUGUAGAUGAACCCCUUCCUACAGAAAUCCCAGAGUACCUGUCCUCCCACUGGGACACAGUGUGUGAUUAUUACGUGAACUCUGUAAAGACUGUGAUGCAGCAGCUCCGCUCACAACGCAUUAUUAUUAACCGCCACCUAUUCAACAUCAGAGAGGAGUACAAGCAUUACCUGGGGCGUCCAGACUUGAAGCAGGAGUUAGUGACUCAUUGGCAGAAGGAAUUCAACAGCAUAUCUGAUGAUAUGAGAGAAGAUGUGGAAACCAAAGCAGAACUGCAUCUGAGGCUGGAUGAACUGCGUGAACGUUUGUGGGACAUCAGUGACAAGCGUAAGGAAGAGGAUGAGCACGAGAGGUCUUCUCUCAUGGGUAAUGGCUGGCUGGAGGAACACACUGCUGUCCUCGUCAACCACCACUCUGUUCUCAUGCAGGUAGAGUUGGACCGUUUCCAGGACACACUCUGUAUUCUCAGAGUCUACUAUUUGAGCAUGCACAAACAGGUGAUGCCUGAGCUACCCUCCAAGUUGGCUUGUAUCCCCCUAUUGGAACCCCCAGAAAAAAAUAAUCAGGACGAGAGACAUCCUGAUUCUAAGGUCCAGGGUCAGACAGAACCUGUCAAGCCACCCCAUGAAAAACUGGUCUCCGACUACGAGGAGGCACUCACAACCAUCAACAAAUUGGUGUCAGCAGAAGCCCACCAGUGGGAGAUGAAAGAACAGAAGGAGAGACCACAAGAGAAGGAGAGGGCAUCUGCGAGUGCAAACAAAAAGGAAAAAAGGAAGCAGUCCUCAAAAAAAACAAAAGGUCCACCAUCCCCACCUCCGGCACCUAGCCCUGCACCAGCUGAUGACAAGAAUAAGAAAGCCAGAAACAAAAUACAUAAAGAAUAUGCAGCUGCGCUGGAUCAUGAGGAGAAUGCAGCAAAGGUGCGCAUUGCGCUGGUGAAAGGUCAUGGUCUGGUGAUGGUGCAAUCCCUGCAGAGCAGAGCAGAACAGACCUUAAGCAGCAUGGAGAAGUGGUUAGAAACACACUAUCUUGCAGAAAUGAAGAGUAUUGACCAACUAGCAGACGUAGUUCGCCACCACAUAGAGGCUGCGGCUGAGUUGCAGAAUGAACUGGUGUUGGAAUCUACCGACUUCUACCUGAAUGGAGACUGCCACAUGGUGGCUAGCCAAGCUCCCCCUCCCUGUCCACCUCCUCUGGAGAAACCAACACGGUCCACCCCAACCAUCACUCAGCUGGAGUCACUCCACCAACAGCUCUGCAACGUUGCUCCAUCAGGCCUCAUAUCCAGUUCUGAGUUCUCCAGUUUACUCAAGGAUAUCAUCUCUGUUAACAUGGCCAAAAACACCUUACCCGAGCCCUGGAUUAACACAGAUGAAACACAGUUGAUGGAGAUUGUAUCUCUGCUGAUGGACGCCAAUGAGCUGAUAGACUGGCGUCAGUUUCUGCUCAGUGCUGCCCUCCCUUGGCCAUUUCCCUCCUUGUCACAGCUGCUGGUUGUGCUACAACGUUUCAAGGCAGCAGAUAUUGGCAACACAGGCUAUGUAAAGGAGGAACAGUACCUACAGACAAAGUUGUGGUUUUCCAAUGAGAGUGUCUUGGCUGUCCCAGAGGACCCCUCUGAGCCUCUACCUUAUGACCGCCUAGCAAACCUACACAAGUUCUUUUUCAAGCUGUUUGCAGACCAUUCUUUCUCUCCAUCUCGACUGGACUAUAUGUCAAUGCUGCAGUACUUUGCAGCCCACCCUAACCCAAGACAGGGCUUCAUCAGAGCACUUAGUGUCAUGCUGGGACAACAUCUCAUGUUCUCCUCACCGGGCCAUCUUGUCAAGUCUAUGCCCAGUAUAGAAGAAGCUACAGAGCUGGGCUCCUCAGAACUGGAUGGAGACUACAAGGAAGAAGAGACUCCGUGUGCAUCAAACAGUUCAUUUUGGGAGCAGCAAGUUUCCAUCGCAGCUCUCGUUGCUGUCAUCUGCCACAGAGUCAUCAAUAUGAAAGACGCCACUCCCCUUCCUCCAGGCUGCCAAAGCCGGGAGGAGUACACUGAGCAACUGGGGCAUAUUUUCAGAGAGCUGGGCUACACUCCUGAGGACUGUGUCCCCUUCUCCGUUCUCUCUCAGCAUCCUUACAUCCAAGGCCUGAUGGAGACAUCAACACACUACCAGCUUCUAAACAUUCAUGGAGUGCUACUGGCCCAUCAGGGGGAAGGAGAGGCUACUAGCUUGACUGUCUCCUAAAGGACAAGACAUGCAUAGUAUAUAUACAUACUGCUGUCUGCACCACAAUGAACUAUUUCACUCUGAAGUAUUUUUUAUUAAUUUUACAUUUUACAUGUGUGCUGAAAUGUUUUGCUUACUUCAAUGUUGAAUAAAUACAUUUGCAACCAUAA